AUGGACGAUGCCAGCCUACCUAAACAACACAUCUAUCGAGACAACAUCACGGGUGCUCUCCAAAGCCAGCCAGACAUUUGGCCGGCUGCAAGCCUCCGUGUGCGAUUGCCCCAGCAUCCAACUGAAUGCCAAACUGAAAAUAUACAACGCCGUCGUCCCGAUGACACUCCAGUACGGAGCGGAGACCUGGACAGUCUACUCAAACCAUGCCAGGAACCUCAGUUACUUCGUUUUAACUGCUUUUUCAGAAUACUGAAGCUGCGAUGGCAGAACAGGAUCCCGAGUAAGGGGAUCUUGAAACCGACCGGAAUCCCCAGCAUUCACGUCAUGCUGAGGCAACUGCAACUGCGAUGGAGCGGCCAUCUGGGGAGAAUAGACGAUGCUCGCCUACCAAAACAAUACUUCUAUGGAGAUGCUGCCACGGGUGCUCGCCGACCCGAAGGACCAAAACCACGCCACAAGGACACUUUGAAGAAUUCUCUAAAGCGACUGCAUAACAACCAAGAGACCUGGAAAGACCUCGCCCAGAACGGGCCGGCCUGGAGUAGAGAAGUAAAAAAUGACGCAGCCAUCCACGAAGCGAACCGAUUCACCACCGCCAAGGCCGAAAUGUAG